AUGAAAACUUGGGCACUUGCGUCUUCCACCUCCUGUGACAAGGACCUGACCACGUCUUGUAACUUUCACCUUCUCCCCAUCACCCGACUCGCCCGCGCACCAAUCCCUUCGGCCUCCCGGCCUCCCAUUAACCCACUGCCCGCCCCUACCCUGCAACCUCCAAGGGGUCAGAGCAGUCCUUCUAGAGGGCAUGUGUCAUCCUGCUGCUGGGGACACUAUCACAGCCACAGGGGCCUUUGGACUCUGGCCACGCCCACCUCUCCAGCUUCCUUUGGCUCUUCAGCAAAAGCCCUUGUCAGUUUAAAAGAGGGAAGCUUAUCUAACACACGGAAUGAAAAGUACAGCUCUUUACAAAAAACACCUGUUUGGAAAGGCAGGAACACGGGGUCUACUGUGGAAAUGCCUUUCAGAAACUCAAAGCGAAGUCGACUCUUUUCUGACGAAGACGACAGACAAAUAAAUACCAGGUCCCCUAAAAGAAACCAGAGAGUGGCGAUGGUCCCGCAGAAAUUUACAGCAACAAUGUCAACACCAGAUAAGAAAGCCUCACAGAAGAUUGGUUUUCGAUUACGUAACCUACUCAAGCUUCCCAAAGCACAUAAAUGGUGCAUAUAUGAAUGGUUCUACUCAAAUAUAGAUAAACCACUUUUUGAAGGUGAUAAUGACUUCUGUGUAUGUCUGAAGGAAUCUUUUCCCAAUCUAAAAACAAGAAAGUUAACAAGAGUAGAAUGGGGAAAAAUCAGGCGGCUUAUGGGAAAACCACGGAGAUGUUCUUCUGCAUUUUUUGAGGAAGAGAGAUCAGCAUUAAAACAGAAACGGCAGAAAAUAAGACUCUUACAACAAAGGAAAGUUGCAGACGUUUCCCAGUUCAAAGAUCUCCCAGACGAAAUCCCUUUGCCCCUGGUUAUCGGAACCAAAGUUACAGCACGAUUACGUGGUGUUCAUGAUGGUCUCUUCACUGGACAAAUAGAUGCCGUGGAUACUUUUAAUGCCACUUAUCGAGUCACUUUUGAUAGGGCAGGGCUCGGGACCCACACCGUCCCUGACUACGAAGUCCUGAGUAAUGAGCCCCACGAGACGAUGCCAAUUGCUGCCUUUGGACAAAAACAGCGGCCUUCUCGGUUUUUUAUGACGCCACCACGGUUACAUUAUACUCCUCCUCUCCAGUCGCCGAUUACGGAUAAUGACCCUUUACUAGGACAGUCACCGUGGAGAAGUAAAAUUUCUGGCUCUGACACUGAGACGUUAGGCGGUUUCCCCGUGGAGUUCCUGAUCCAAGUGACCAAAUUAUCAAAAAUCCUCAUGAUUAAAAAGGAACAUAUCAAAAAAUUAAGGGAAAUGAACACCGAAGCAGAAAAAUUGAAGUCCUACUCCAUGCCCAUCGGCAUCGAGUUUCAGCGGCGGUACGCGACCAUCGUCCUGGAGCUCGAGCAGCUGAACAAGGACCUCAACAAAGUCUUGCACAAAGUCCAGCAGUACUGCUAUGAGCUCGCUCCGGACCAGGGCCUCCAGCCCGCAGAUCAGCCAACAGACAUGCGGCGAAGGUGCGAGGAGGAAGCCCAGGAGAUCGUGAGGCACGCCAACUCCGCCGCCGGACAGCCCUGUGUCGAAAAUGAAAACCUGACGGACUUGAUCUCCAGGCUGACGGCUAUCUUAUUACAAAUUAAGUGUCUAGCAGAAGGAGGAGACCUGAACUCCUUUGAAUUCAAAUCACUCACAGAUUCACUAAAUGACAUCAAGAGGACAAUAGAUGCUUCUAAUAUCAGCUGCUUCCAGAACAACGUGGAGAUCCACGUCGCGCACAUCCAGAGCGGCCUCAGCCAGAUGGGGAACCUGCACGCCUUCGCCGCCAAUGACACCAACAGGGACUGA